CGAGCCAACGACGCUGAUUAAUCGAGGAGUGAUAAGCGCGGAAGAAGGAGAGUGAGCGAGAGGAAGAGAGAGAAAGAGAGAGAGGCGCGGCAAGUCGUCCCUCGCUGGUGGGAAGAACAGGUUGACAGGAGGAGAGGAGGAGCAGAGGAAAAAGGGAGAGCGAAACCGGGAAGGGUAACCAGACGACAUGUCGCACGCGUGCCUGCGGAACGCCGUGCUCGCCGGCGGCUGGCCGACGAGGACGGUGACGGUGACGGCGAGACAGAGUGCCAGCCACAGCGGCGGCGACGGUGGCGGCGGGGCGCUGACUGGCCGCGGAGGGGUAGGGAUGCCGGACGCGCCGCCGGUGUCCUCCGCACCGCUUCUACUCCAGCCGGUUAUUCCCUGUCGUGGCAUGGCGUCGAGCGCAGCGACGGCGGCGGCGGCGGCGGCGGCGGCCAGCCCGCGCGGCAAGGUCCUCACCGAGGACAACGUCUUCGUGAACCUGCGCAAGAUGGAGUACGCGGUGCGCGGGCCGCUGCUCAUCAGGGCCCUGGAGAUCGAGAAGGAGCUCCAGAAGGGCGCCAAGAAACCCUUCAACGAGGUGAUCAAGGCGAACGUGGGCGACGCCCACGCGAUGGGCCAGCAGCCCAUCACGUUCCUGCGUCAGGUGCUCACGCUGGCGGUCUCGCCGAACCUGCUGUGCGACCCGAGUUACCCGGAGGACGCGAAGGACCGCGCUCGGAAGGUCCUCGGUGGCUGCAAGGGCGGCAGCGUGGGCUCGUACUCGGAGUCCGCCGGGAUCGAGUGCAUUCGCAAAGACGUUGCGCAAUACAUUCAGGACCGCGACGGCGGUAUUCCCUGCGACUACCACAACAUCAUCCUCUCGAACGGCGCUUCUGACGGUAUCAAGUCCUUCCUAAAGCUAUUCAACGAAAGGAUCGACGGCAAGCCAUCCGGCGUGCUGAUCCCGAUUCCGCAGUAUCCCCUGUACUCGGCGACCCUAGCGGAGUUUGGCCUCGCCCAGAUCGGGUAUUAUCUAGACGAGGACAACAAGUGGUCGCUGGAGAUCAGCGAGCUGGAACGAGCGCUGCGAGAGGUCAAGGGCACGUGCAAUCCGCGCGUGUUGGUGGUGAUCAAUCCCGGUAAUCCGACCGGUCAGGUCUUGACUCGCCAGAACAUCGAGAACGUCAUCCGCUUCGCCCACAAGCACCAUCUGUUCCUGCUGGCCGACGAGGUUUAUCAGGACAAUAUAUAUGACAAGGACAGCGCGUUCCAUUCCUUCAAGAAGGUCAUGACGGAGAUGGGCGAGCCGUAUUCGAAGAUGGAGCUCGCCUCGUUUAUGUCUAUCUCGAAAGGAUACAUGGGCGAGUGCGGAAUCCGUGGCGGUUACGCUGAGAUCAUCAACAUGGACCCGGAGGUGAUGAAGGUGCUGUUGAAAUCGAUCUCCGCGAUGCUGUGCCCCACCGUGCUCGGCCAGGUGGUGAUGGACGUCGUGGUGAAUCCGCCGCGGCCGAACGAGCCGUCGUACGAGCUAUUUCAAAAGGAGAAGAAGGAAACGCUGCGCUCCUUGGCGGAGAGAUCGCAGCUCGUUGUCGACACGCUCAACAGUAUUCCGGGAUAUAAGGCGAAUCCGCCGAUGGGCGCGAUGUAUGUGUUCCCGCGCUUCGAGCUGCCGCCAAAGGCGAUCGAGGAGGCGCGAGCGAAGGGCCAGGAGCCGGACGUCUUCUACGCGUUCAAGCUGCUGGAGAGCACCGGGAUCUGCGUGAUCCCGGGCUCGGGCUUCGGCCAGAUACCCGGCACGCACCACUUCCGGACCACGAUACUGCCGCAAAAGGAGAAAAUCAAAACAAUGCUCGAAGCACUGAAGCAAUUCCACCUCAAGUUCCUCAAGGAAUAUAGUUAAAUAAUAAUGAAUUUUCGGUUGAGAAAAAAAUUGAGAUUAUAAGGAAUAGGAAUAGCAAUUAAUGAGACAACCGGGGCUGUGCAUAGCGCGAGGAUCCGCGCGAAGAUCAAUUCCCGAUACAAGCGCGCAUCGCGAACGCGAUAUAUUUUUAUUACGAUUAACGACUCACUGUCGAGAGAUGGUUAUCGCGUUAAGACGUUGUUGUUGAGUUGCGUAGAAAUCUUGACGAAACUUCAAUUUGUUGUAAAUGUAAAUGUGAAUUGUUGAUUAAGAAUAUCUGUACAUAUCUGAUAUUAUGUAGUCAAUCGAGAUGAAAAGAGAUUGAAUAUAUUGUUGCAGUCAGGAUACCGUA